UGUUGAAUAUGGCUGCUGAGCCAUUGGGUCCUGUGCGCGAGAUCCAUCGAUUAACGUCGUCACAAAUAUAAUGCUUCGUAACGCGGGAUUCCGUGCAUUUAUUUGGGAAGAGAGGACUAAGCACGCGUGAAUAAGGCCGUAACGCCAGGUAAUGGGAAGAUGGUGAGGGAGUAUCGCAACUGCUGGCAUGGGUUCGCAAAUGCUGGAAAUCCUGAGACAGGGCGUCUGGGCGAGCCUGACAGGAGGAUGGUUUUACGACCCGCACCUAGACGUCUUCUCCAAUACUUUUCAUCUUUAUGUGUGGCUCUUCUUACUCUGUGUACCCUUUACAAUAUACCUCUACUUUCCGCCAACUCUCUACGUAUGGUUAGCAUACUGUUCAUCGAUUGUUGCACUUUUCGGGACAAUAAAAUGUGUCAAUCAUGCACUUCAUUGCGUCUAUGAUACAACAGAAUGUUUGGAGGAGCCUGAUCAAAGUGUGAGUCAACAGAAGUCAGAAAGUGAAAAGAAACGUGCAGGUCGAAGUAAGCGACGCGAACCACCACAAGAUCAGGCUGAUCUUGGAAUCGAACUACAAGUUUUACAUGGGAAAACUGACACACCACCUGUGGAAUGUUCAUCCCGAAAUUCGUACAUUGAGCCAAAUGCUCAAAAUGUGGAUGCGGAUAGCAUUACGUCCGAUUAUAAUAGGGAUAAGCCAAGUUCAACUAUCGAUUUAAAAGUAGAAAUUCACAGGAAGAACAGUUCAGAGAGUUCAGAAGAAGCCCAGCAACUGAACAAGCCAGUAGCCACUAGCAUCAACGUUCAUGAAGCAGAGUUAGCCUGUACGCAGGACCAUGAGCCCCGUUUCAGGAGUAAGAUCAAUGAGUGGCGGUUAAAGCGGCAGAAAUGCGUAGUGAUCGCAGAGGAGGAUCGUCCAGCAUCGCGGAAGCUAUGUCGACACGCCUCGGAGGACUCUCAGAGUCGACACUCGAAGCAGGGUACCCUGGGGAAGACUGGAUCAGAGAGUCAGAUAAAGCAAACCAGCUCACUCGAAUUGGAGCAGCAUGGGACGUCCCUCCUGGACUACCCUUACUGGAAAAUCAAUCAGAGUGUUCGAAGGCUCAACUCCAAUUCGAUACCAAUGGAAACGCACUUGAUAAAUGAUCAUCCCCAGAGUCUGGAGAUCAUAUCAAAAACAGAGGACGCGGAUAAGAAUAAAAUUCCGUCGCACCCCCAGUCACUAGAAGUCAUCACCAAGAAAACACACCAGCAAUUGGUACAUCCUCAGAGUCUUGAGAUUAUCGGAACUAUCAGAAAGAAUACUAAUACUACAGAUGACAAUAAUCUUCCACUUCAUCCCCAGAGCCUUGAAAUAAUUAAUACAAAAAAGGUUCGCAGCCUCAUCAUACGUCAUUUCUUCAUACACUCGUCGUCCUCUGCUGCCACUACGUCCCACAUAUUAAUUAUAUGUUUAAAGGUUUCACCGCAGAAUACUUUGAAAAGAAACCAGCUCCAACUGCUUCCUUAUCCUAGUUACGGAUCAGAAAUUGUUUAUCCAAUCGCUGAACAAAGUGACGAGCAGUUCGCCAAUGAAAGCUCUGGAGGAUUCAGCCUUCGUGAUUCUUACAGUCCUUUACUAGCUCGUAAAGUAACCGACGAUCCGAACCCCAAUGCAAAUAGAGACCGAAGUCUCAGUACAGGAGGGUUCGAGGAUAGAUUUUCCAGAUUCAAUGGCGAUACUGUGAUCGACAAUGACUCUGCCAACUCUCGAGAUGCACUCCUGGAGGAGGGUAAGCCUGGCAGCAAAAGAAGAUUUAGCAAUGCCAGCCAAAGCAGUCGUGAACCUUCUGGUGGUGAAAGGCGAAAAGAAAGGAAACGUGGGAAAUCGAGAAACGUAGAAGAUCCAUUAAAUUCUACCAGCAUCGUAGGACUGGAUUGGCUUUUCGAGCACACAGACUCCGAAGUGGAACCAUCUCAGAGUCAGAGCGUAUUUUGGACAUUCACGCGAUCCGAUGAUACGGAUACUUCGGAGAGCCUACAGACAGCUAGUACUGACUCACAUCGGAUAUGCUACGUUUCAGAUCUUCACACAAAAGAACCAGACUCCGGUUCGUCGAGUACAACGACAUUGAGUAUCGAGAAUGAAGUGAAGAGGAAGUUGUUACCACAACCAGAAAUCGACAGUAAACGUCAUCAAGGAGCGAUUCCGAAACAAAGCCGUCCAAAAAUCGCGUCGGAUGUCGCUGGAAAUAAUCAAGCGAGUCCGGAACUCCCAAGACCAAAACCAAAAAGAACUGUAGAAGUUAGAAGAGAGAGAGAACGUAGAGAUGGAAAAUUCGAGCAGACUGGUGGCUCGAAUAACGAACUAAGUACGCUCUUACCAAAUCCAGCACCUCCGUUAUUGGCAGCCUUAUUGAAUUCCGGUCGAGAUUUACCAGGACAAUCAAGCACAGUGUCAGACCUGAGAUUAAGCCGAAAUUUCGAAACCAGAUAUUCUCCGAUAAGACACAGACAACUUAAGAGACCAGCUAGAAGGCAUCGACGUCGAAGACAUAAUGAUCAUCUUGUCCCACUCACUGCUCUCUUUGGAUUAAUCUCAAAUGGUGACUGUCACUUGGCUACCAACCACAACGACACAUCCGAGGGCGCCGUUCAUUGUUUUCGAGAUGAAAAUGGUCGCUGGCUGGCUUAUACCUUUGAUGAGAAAGGUACCGGCAUUGCUACAGCUACUCAGAUCCCAACCAACAGUCAUGGAAAACUUUUAAAUACUUUACUACGUCAACAACUUAAUCAAAGUUUGCACUAUGAUGCUAAUUGGGACCUGACUGAUUCACUGAGCAACAGUUACAGCAGCCUUUCCUUAAACUCAGCUGGCUUAACUGUUAUCAUCGAUACCCCACCGGUUUUGUCUAGCCCUGAGAAUAAUCAAACGAAAACUCAGAAUACUUUACCGAAAAAUUUGGUCUCAUCAAAUCCUGGCAGUUCAACUCAGUGUGUCCUGGAGAGUAACGAGAGGUAUGGCUUUCCACGGUUGCAUACGGAUUUCCCAGCAGAGACAAGUAGACACUUCCAGAAUUUAUUGGAUAGCUUGACUCCUUAUAAUAAUGAGACGAACAAUCAGGUGCCUGUGCUAGCACUGCCUACGCACCAGGAGACAGAGAAUAAUACGAGCCUCUCCUGGAACAGAUUCAUCGGUGGUUUGGAUGGGCCCAAUAAGUUAAAGUCUGAACCAUCUAGACAUUAUUAUAAAUGGAAAAUCGGAAAGCUACCUCAUAUAAAAGUGCGUUUCGAUCGUCUUGCGUUGCUGGCGUUGCUGGAUAGAAAUUUAACUAUACUCGAGACAAUCGUUUCUACAUUAUUAGCUGUUGCCGUUGCUGGUCUGGGAUUGCUACUUCUCCAGCAAGGAUUCUACCGUGACAUUUUUGCAUUUAUAUUUUGUUUUGUGACUGCCGGGUGUCAGUACUCCUUGUUAAAGUCUGUACAACCUGAUGCCGCGUCGCCGACUCAUGGUUUUAAUAGAAUUGUCGUGUUCUCAAGACCGAUUUACUAUGUACUGUGCUCAGGAUUAGUGCUGAUUUUUAGCGAGUCCUUAAAAAACUUCAAAAGUUCUGAUUUUCGUGUUUAUGGACUUCGUGUCUCGGACUAUGACGUGAUACUUCAAGUGCGUAAUGUGUUACUGGUGUUUCUCUUGUUUUUUCCAUUGGUGUUUUCCCUGGGACUCUUUCCACAGAUCAAUACGUUUCUCAUGUACCUGUGCGAACACAUUGAUAUACAUUUAUUCGGUGGUAAUGCUACUACUAGUCUGGUGUCAUCGAUAUACUGCUUGUUGCGAAGUGUCAUCACUGUCCUUAUACUCUAUGGAUUUGCCUACGGAGCAUUGACAGAACCAAAGUCAUCGCAGCAUAUAUUGUUCUCCAUUUUCGUUGGACUGCUUGUGGCCAUUUCUUACCACCUAAGUAGAUCAUCAUCAGAUCCAAGUGUCAUCUGGGACAUUGUAAAAACAAAUCUAUGGCCACCGGAAAUAUAUCUUGAAGAGAAAGAAGCUAAAGUAAUUGAGAACACUGCUGAUAAAGAGAUUCCAGGUACGACCACUUUCAAGGAUACUAAGAUCAGAUCAUCAGGGAAAAAAAAAGAUGUCAAGAUCAAGGUCGGAGAACAGAUCUCGGAUUCGGAGGUAAUCGAUCCUCUGCCACAAAAACUAAGAUCAACUGUAAACGCAAGAUUGAAGAAUGAUCUAAUAGUCUGUACAGUGAUUGGAGUACUGUCAUUUGCUAUUCACUGUUCUACAGUGUUCACUGCCUUACAACCUGAGCUGAAUCCUGUCCUAUGGGGCAUUGCUAGUUGUCUCGGAUUUCUACUACACUACAUAGUACCCCAGCUACGAAAGCAACUACCCUGGUUGUGUUUGGCGAGACCUGUUCUACGGAGUCACGAACAUGCACAAUUCGAAGUCCGUGAACAAGCGAAAAUCAUGUGGUUCGAGAAAGUUUACGUGUGUCUUUCUUUUUUUGAAAGGAAUAUACUUUAUCCAGUGGUUUUUCUUGGUGCCCUCACUGAGUGUUCCUCGAAGAUUGUAUCAAAAUUUGGUGAGGGUGUCGGAGCCCUAAUCGUGGUGGUGUGUGGAUUAAAAUCUUUGAGAUCAGCCUAUUCGGAUGCUUCCACUAGAUACCUGGUACUCGUCUUCGCAGUGCUCUUCUUCAAACUUGAUUUUCGUGAUCUCAGUGAAACCUUCCUCGUGGAUUAUUUCGUAACCGGAAUAGCAUUCGCUAAGAUUUAUGAGCUGCUCCUGAAGAUCCGCUUCGUAGUGACUUACAUAGCACCCUGGCAAAUUACCUGGGGCAGUGCCUUUCAUGCCUUCGCACAGCCCUUUUCUGUUCCACACUCCGCAAUGCUAUUUCUCCAAGCAUUGAUCUCGGCCAUUCUCAGUACUCCUCUGAAUCCUCUCCUGGGCAGUACAAUCUUCAUAUCAUCCUACGUAAGACCUGUGAAGUUUUGGGAACGUGAUUACAAAACUAGAAGAGUCGAUCACUCAAAUACAAGAAUGUCUUCUCAUCUGGAAAGAAAUUUGGGAGCUGAUGACAACAAUCUCAACUCUAUAUUCUAUGAGCAACUCACCAGGUCACUUCAACAUAGUCUCUAUGGUGACUUGGCUCUUGGCAGAUGGGGUAACGUCGCUCAGGGCGACUGUUUCCUUCUUGCGUCCGAGUAUCUGAACUGUUUAGUGCAUGUAAUUCAGCUGGGUAACGGUUUGGUGACUUUUCAAUUGAGAGGACUGGAAUUUCGUGGUACUUACUGUCAACAAAGAGAGGUCGAGGCAAUAUCCGAAGGCAUCGAGGAUAAUGAUAAUUGCUGCUGCUGUGAAAUGGGUCACUUAUCAAAUGUACUUAGUGUAAAUGCAGCGUUCAGUCAACGUUGGUUGGCCUGGGAGGUAGCGAGCGCAAAAUACGUCCUCGAGGGAUACUCGAUCUCAGAUAAUUCAGCCGUGUCCAUGUUGCAAGUGUUCGAAUUUCGCAAAGUCCUGGUCACCUAUUACGUUAAGAGCAUCAUUUUCUACGCGGUCAAGUCACCGAAGCUGCCGCAAUGGUUAAAGAAUCCUGACAUUCUAGAAGCACUAAAGCCAACCUUGGAAAAGAAUUUCGUCGACCUGGAUCCAGUUUUUAAUAUGAACAUCGACGAAGAUUUUGACUUCCGUGCCAGCGGUAUAACUAGAAGUAGUUUUUGCAACGUUUACCUAGAUUGGAUACAGUUCUGCGCUGUAAAACAUGACAAGUCUCUUGAGAGAACUCGCGAUUCCUGUCUGGUAUCACUCUGUCUGGCUCUAAGUUUAUUGGGAAGACGAGUACUUGGUGCUGCAUCCCAUCACAAUACAGUCUCCAGUGUAGAAUUUUUUCUCUAUGGUCUACAUGCUCUGUUCAAAGGGGAUUUUCGUAUAACGUCUUUAAGAGAUGAAUGGGUACUUCACGACGUGGACCUUCUGUGCGGUGUUGUGGCCAAAGGUGUAAGGAUGGCGUUGAAGUUGCACCAGGAUCAUUUUAUGAGUCCUGACGAGUAUGAAGAAGCUUCUGCGCUUUACGAGGCCAUUGAUAAUCAUGACAGGAAUCUUGUGAUAAGUCACGAAGCUGACCCACUCUGGAGAAAUGCUGUUCUCGGAGGAGCUCCUAGUCUUCUGGCAUUAAGGCAUGUACUUGAUGACGGUAUCGAUGAAUAUAAAGUGAUAAUGCUGAACAAACGAUACUUAAGUUUUCGGGUGAUAAAAAUGAAUCGUGAGUGCGUACGUGGCCUUUGGGCAGGUCAACAACAAGAACUAGUAUACCUAAGGAACCGUAAUCCUGAACGUGGUUCGAUACAGAAUGCCAAACAGGCAUUGCGAAAUAUUAUCAAUAGCUCUUGCGAUCAGCCAAUUGGAUAUCCAAUCUAUGUUUCUCCAUUGACAACAAGUUAUGCGGAAACUAAUGAACAACUUUGUUCCAUCCUGGGUGGUCCACUGAGCUUGGGUGCCAUUAAGAGUAAUGUUCUAACGCUAUGGCGAAGAAUAAGAAGAAGAUGCGGUCAGGGUUGUUCUUCUGGUGGUACCGGAUCCCAGGACGAUGGAGGAUUUGGCAAUGAUGGCGUUUAUGCAUUGACAACUUACAACAUCCAUUCAGGAUACAGUCAGUCAGGGCAUAAUACGUCCGGAUCUCAGUCAAUGGAUUCAGGUUGUCAAAUAGGAGGAUCAACGGGACGUGGAUCUCUAGGACGUGCCAAUACAGGAUCUCUAGGAGGUAACAGAGGCUCCUUAGCCUCUGUAGGAAAACCUACCAGCUCUACUCUUGCUAGUCUCGCUGGUUUACUUAGUAACAGUGACAUUAAAACAGAGUCAAAGUGCGAAACUAGCUUCACGGCGAAACUCGAGAAGGAGGAAGUCUUUCAAAGGGUUCGCAUCAUGGAUCCUAAUCAAGUGUACGACGCCAUAAAUCUGGGUAGAAGAAUAGACGUCAUAUGGCCGGACGAGAGGAUGAGACAGCAAGGAGGAAGAUCCGGCUGGCAGCAUUGGGUUCCUGAAAGAGGAAUGGAAGGCUGUGUGGUCCAUAGAUGGUCUCCGAAUCAUCGCGAUCCUAAUCGUCGAUCUCAUGUCGACAAGGUUAUCCUGCUUGUAAAAAUUGAUGAGAGAUACGUUCCUAUAGCUGAACAAGGUGUACGCGAUCUCGGAGCUGAAGUGUAGCCAAUGAAAGGACUAUUUGAAAAUAUCGGCCAACAAUAUGACACAAGUUUAGCUAUAAGCUUGUACAAUUUUUUAGAAUAAUCUCGUCUCCGUUUUUCUGUGCGAAGAGAUACGAGACUAUACUUUAGAUUUAUGGCGAAUGAAAGAAAUACGAAAGGGCAAAGAUAAAAAAAGACAAAAUAACCUUGAGAACUCGCCAAAGCUAAACAAUCGUUUGCCCUGUAUAAUAUGACUUUCUAGCUGAUAUUUCAUUUAGUUCUCUUAAUCACAAAAAACGCCAAGCUCUUAAAAAAAAAUCAAAGAACGGACCAGAUUUUCUUUAGUAAGCCCUGGAAGCAUUUCUAUACUUAUUAGCUGGGAAAAACUCGUGUCGCGAUUUUCACUCGAAUUAUUUAUAUUACAUAAGGUUAUAUCGCGAACUAGUGUUGUAUAUAGUAUUACUACGAUACUUUCUACUAUAUAUAUAUACACAUGGCGGGACACAGUAAGCGCGUACGUUCUUAACGCAAACCAAAUUCUUGUAUUAUACAUAAGUAUCUCGUAACUGCUAGAUGAAAAAGAAAAUACUGAAAGCGUUAAAGCCGACGUGACGUAUCUCCUUGUCAGAUUAUUUUAAGCUGCCAAGUGUCUGACUGUUGAUGGGCUAUGACAAUGAGGAUGUUUGCAAUUGAACUACUGACAAUGAGCCAUGUCCCAUCGACUGAAUUGUACAUAUAUUAUAAAUAACGAUGGUGUUUUUCUACAUUUUGUUACGUUUUUUUUUUUAAACUAACUUGUAGCACUAAGAUGUAGAUGCCAGCUGAUUGUAGAAUAUAAGAACACUGCAGACGGUCUUUGCCGAGUCUACGGGCAUAUGAAUAUAUAAUAGUUUAUGAAAAACGCUGCUCCUUAUAUGGAAAACAAGUAUAAAGGAAAGCAUCUAGAGGACAUAUCGGUGCGCUAGAAUAGUAAAAGUUAUGAAAAUUAUGAAAUUGUGAAAAGAUCAUGAAGAAUAGUGUAAUGCAAAUUUUCGAGUAUCAAUACGUCUAGCACAUAUGUACCUAGAGUUUUCUACUGCUCGCAUCGAUUGUUAGAUACUUUUAUUAUGUUCUCACAGAAUCAUGAUUUUCUGGAGUGUACAAGAAUUAUUACUCUUUUUUCUUCCCUCUAGGAAAUUCAAUUUGACACUUUGGUACCUCCGUCCUAAGGUACACGCGCUUCUCUCUAUUUGUUUUGUAUAUACAUCUUUUAAUUAUGUCAGGUAGUGUAUGUUGUUCGAGAUCGUUACUUUUUUUUAAAUUACUUGUCACUUCGUUACUAAUUGUUACACAUGUUCAUAGAAAAAAUAUAUAUUUACGUUAUUUAAAAAGUAUAUAUAUAUAUAUAUAUAUAAAUAAAAACGCACGGUUGCUUGCAAAGAUUCUACACGAUAUCUGAAGGUCUGAGAACAAAUUCGAGGAUUGCUUCAUCUUUUUCUCUUGUAUAUUUUUUGAUACUCCUUUUUCUUUGUCUUUUUAUAUAUAUAGAAGAAUAGACAGCUGUCUUCUACCUAUUACUUCUCUAUGUAGUAUCUCUUCUUUGUAUAGAUAUUUUUUGCGAGUGACCAGCGAAUCACAGCAUUGCCUUAUCACGGUGUGUCGAAAGCGCCUGACUGAUGAAAUAAAUAAAAAAAAGUGAAUAAAAUAUGAUAAAAUUAAAAAGAUGAAAUUCUUAUGGCUAGUCACUUAAAUUGCUAGCGUCCAACUGGUGUAUUUUGCUUCUUGCCGGAAAAAAACUUCGAGGGAAAAUAAAAAAAUUGUCUCCUGUCUGAAGAAAUAUUCUGAAGCAACGCUUUUUUUCGUUUAAGCCUAUGGCCUAUAUUCUUCGAUAUCUGAUGCUUUACCCAGAUUGUACAGAAAUUGUAGAUUUGAUCAAUCUGUAUUACUUUCUCAGUAUUUUUGGGCAAAAUUAUAUGACGUGAUCUCGCAACGAAUUAUUCGAAUUGAUCUGUAUUGUCUGGGUCAGAAGUAUUUCAAUCCGAUAGAGAAUAAAUUAUGAUUAAUAUUGUAAAUAACGUAAUUGUUAUAUUAUAUAUAAUAUCGAAUACUUAAAACAUUGAUACUGUCGUAUUGUAAUUAACGAAUCUAAUAGGCUGAAAAUUAUUGAGCGAAUUUUAAGAAGUGUGUAGUAUAAAAUGGAGCAAAGAAAGAUGAACUUUUUCAUUAUUUCAGGAAUAUAAAAUAAGUCAGAUCAUUCGGAUAUCACUUGUAAUCUUGGUUGGAUUUUCUUUUCAUAUCCGAAUGAUAUGAUAAAUGCCACACUGUAUAUUGCUGAUAUAAUAAAUUAGGAGGAUCCUUGAUCAUGAA